CUUUCUCUCUUCCUUCUUCCUUCCUUCCUUCCUUCCAUCCUGUAAUCCGUAUCUUGGCAGUGCUCUCAGCUUCCGUCCUUUGGAUUCUUCUCCUUUUUCUGCUACUUUCCGCUGGCUUUUCGGGCCAGCUCAGACUUUUUCCGGUGAUUUAUUUACUGAGAAACAGUCUUUCCGGUGGCAGCUUCUUUUAUUCCGUGAACUUUUUCUCUUUUCCAGACCUCGGAACAGGCAAGAUUUGAAGCUAAGAUUCUGUUGUUUUGUUACAGUUGGAUGGCUACUCAGGACCAAAUUGAGGGCACAAUGUCUGAAAGCACUGCCAAAUCUGGAAUGUGCAGCUCCAAUUGCAGCCCACCAUUGGAUUCAAUGGCCCAGUUGAAGGAGUUAUACCCAUUUAAGAAUGAUCAGACACCAAAGGUUAGGAAACCCUACACAAUUACCAAGCAGAGGGAGAAAUGGACAGAGGAAGAGCAUCAAAAGUUUCUUGAGGCUUUAAAAUUGUAUGGUCGUGGCUGGCGUCAGAUAGAAGAACAUGUAGGCACCAAAACUGCAGUUCAAAUUCGAAGCCAUGCCCAAAAAUUUUUCUCUAAGGCGGCACAAGAAUCAAAUGGCAGCUCUGAGGGCUCCAUCAAACCUAUUGAGAUACCACCUCCCCGGCCAAAAAGAAAGCCAAUGCAUCCUUAUCCUCGAAAAUGUGUUGAUUCAUGUAAAGGAACAUCACUAGCAACUCAACUGGAUCCAUCCUCCAAUGAAUUGAUGAGAGAACAGGAGAACAAAUCACCCACAUCUGUUUUAUCUGCAUUUGCUUCGGAUGUGUUGGGAUCUGCAGUCUCUGAGCAGCAAAAUGCAUGCUCUUCUCCAACUUCUUGCACUACAAACAUUCAGUCAAUGAAUAUAUCUCUUCUUGAAAAGGAAAGUGAGUAUGUCACAUCAAACUCAUCUGCAGAGGAAGAGAAAGUUUCCUUGUCAUCUGUUCAGGCAUCUGCCCAUUCAGCCCUGGAGGACUUUCUGCACAUGAGGUUUAACAUGGGUGCCAAGGAUUCAUUAUGUGGUAAAGGAGAUGCAACUAGCAUUAAGCUGUUUGGGAAAACAGUUAUGGUGAUGGAUCCUGGGAAACCUUCUCCUCUUAGUAUGGAGAAUUUGAGGUCUAAUGCUGGUCAAGAGAACCUUGAUGCUAACACUGAGAUGCUUUCUCAGACCCUACCAUUAAAGCAAUGUGACACACACAUAUCACUUGGAUCUUUCAUCAGAGAUGGGAAUUCUGUGCCUUCUGGAGAUGCUGUCUACGCCUACACGGAACUAAAAGCAGAGAAAAUUGACUUAAUAAAACCCACGCCUGAUGCCCCCACACAGUGGGCCUUGCAUCAAGGCCUGCCCUUUUAUUACCAUGCAUUAUUGAAGCCAACCUUAGUUCAAACCCCUAUUGAUGCCUGUGUUAGUGAGAGACAGAAAGAGAAAGAUAUUCUGAAUGAAAGAUCUUGUUCUGGUUCAAAUGCUGGGUCAGUUAGUCAAGGAGAAAAUAGGGAGAAAAAUUCAGAUUCUGUCUAUUCUCUUUGUCGACAACAACCUUGUACAGAGGAAAAGGACAGCCAUCGUAAGUGUCUGAAGGGGUUUGUACCCUACAAAAGAUGUUUGGUGGAGAGAGACGUGUCAUCAUCAGUGGUUGCCUCGGAAGAGCAGGAAAGGCAAAGGGCCCGAGUAUGCUCAUAGUGCUGGCUUCAAUGGCGUAAGACUCGUAAACAUGAUAAAGCUAGUUUAGGUGGUGGGAGGAGGGCCAAUGAUGCUUCAGGGUUUUCAUUUAGAAAAGAUGAUAGAACUCUACAAGAUUGUAGUCUGUUUUUCAUGAGCUCCCAUGAAAUUGCACAUAUGUUCUGUUGUACAGAUUCUGGGAAACUGAGUAGCUGUGGAGCUGAUUGCAGUUUAAUGUGGCCACGGAUUCAGAGUUUAGAUGGAGCAGUAUGAUAGUAAAAGAGGGUCAGUUGUGUGUUCCCCUUUUAGCUUUUACGCUUUGAGCAGGCAAUUUUUCUGUAGUUCUGAUGCUCCACUGUGUUAUUUAGAUUCUGAAUGCUACCUUAUUUUGGAUCAAAUUUUAUAUCUUGAUGUUGUGAAGCUGAUUUUUUCAUUCAUAUUUUUUAGAACGAACGAUAUGUUUUACCUUCUUCCAAUGUAAGUCUCUUGAUAGUUCGUUGUGUUAUCUUUUUCUA